AAAAGUCAGCGCUCUCUGGCAAUGGCUGUGCGGCUUCACUCCGUGAAAGUAGCAGUCAGUUCGUAGCACCGCGCUUCUCACCCCACUUCGCUCCGGAGCCCCUAGAUGGGAUUCCCCGCGAGUAGGGGGCGCUUCUGGUGCCCUGCCGAACCCCACGUUCCCAGGCUUCCUCCGCCUGGGAUUUCUAGCGGGUCCCCACCUUCGCCGCGGCGGGAAGACCCAGUUUUCACAGAGCCCGUUCCUCUGGUCGGAGGAACUCCGCCAUUCACCAAUGGCGCUGACCCGGAAGCGCUUUUCUAGAACUUUAAUUUAUUCAUCUACAGUUUAAAAAAAAGUUUUUCCUAGUCCUCUGUGCUGCAAAAAAAAAAGAAAAUCCCUUAGUAAAUGAGAUUUUAAAAAGCAUACAGAAGAUCAGAAGUAGCUCCCCAAAGAACAUCUUAAGAAUUCACCAUUCCAUUUCCAGUAGGAGCACCUCCAGGAGUGAAGUCAAAACAGCUGCAUUAGCAGCACUGAAGUGCCCUCCCUGGGAUGCAAGCCUGGGCCAUGUGUCUGGAGGUUGUGGGCUGCCCAGAUGACAAGAGUCAUCUUGUCUCAGCCUCACUAAUGUGGUCCAAAGGAAAGCAGAGCAAUACGUUUGGCACCAACUUGGCUGCGGAAGUUGCCGGAAGGAGACGUACAAGGCGCCAUCUAACCAUCUUUGGGACUCCAUUCCAGAUUUGUGUAGAGUUUGCUCCUUAGUCUUUUCUUUUCCCAAAGAUAUUCCGCAAAGCAGAAGAGGUUUAGGGUCAGUGUUUUCCUUCUAAAUGGGCUACCUUCCCAGGUUGACAAGCCCCAUCUGCCCCUCACUUUCCUCUACAGCACCUGCAGAAACCACCUUCAUGACUAUUGGACCCACUAUUGGACUUGCCAGUUUAAUCCACUGGAGCCUGUCUUCUCACACAGGUGAAGUCCCUAAACCCCAAAGGUUUGAAACCCAUCAGCUACCCUCACCUUGUUUAACCGGCUAGUUGAAGUGGUUUCUGGGGUGUGGCUGUUGUUGCAUGCUUACAACUUGGGAGCCACAGGUGAGAACUGAGUGCAAAGGUAGACAAACUACUCCAAAGGAGCACAACAAGUCCUGCACCAGAGGUAGUAUCCUUCCCCUAACACCCCAUACAUCCCAAAGUGACUACUAACUUAGUUGCGUUUUUAAAGGAUUGACAACUGUAUAGAUCCAUCAGUGAUAUUCGCCAAGACAGCUAAAUGAAACUUCCAUGUUCAGAUACGGUGUCCCUCUGAUGUCCUCUGGCUCUGUCUGAUCAGCUGCUGUUGGAAAUAGAACUCUGGUUUAGAUUUACUAUGGUCUGAACCAGCCAACACAACCUGGGUAAGGUGAUUGAGAGAGCGGUUGCUGAACAGUUUGGUGGAUUUCUUGAUGAAACAUCGGCUUUGGAUCCAUUCCAGUCCAGUUUUCGCUCUGGUCAUGGGACCAAGAUGGCUCUGGUCACCCUAACGGAUGACUUCCAUAGGCAGCUGGAUUGAGGCAGGUUGGGGCUGUUGAUUCUUUUAGAUCUGUCAGCAGCCUUCAACAUGGUUGACCACAAACUUCUAGACCACUGCCUUGCCAACGUGGGGAUUCGGGGCGCAGUCCUUCAAUGGCUGCGCUUGUUCCUCUCUGGUCGGGGACAGAGGGUGGUGAUGGGGGAGGGAAGUUGUCGUACUACUCCUUGGUGUGUGGCAUACCACAGGGCGCAAUUCUCUCCCCUAUGCUUUUUAACAUCUAUAUGCGCCCCCUCACCCAGCUCGUCCAGAAUUUUGGUUUGGGCUGUCAUCAGUAUGCUGAUGACACCCAGCUUUAUCUGUUGAUGGAUGACCACCCUGACUCGGCCCCUGACACACUGUUCAGAUGUUUGGAAGCCAUGGCUGGAUGGCUAUGUGGGAGCCGGUUCAAGUUAAAUCCUUCCAAGACAGAGGUCCUUUGGCUGGGUCGGGACAAUAUGGGGUUGGGGGGCCAACUCCCAUCCCUUGCAGGGGUGCAACUAGUACCAGCACCUUCCAUCAAGAGUUUGGGUGUAAUAUUCAAUGCCUCCUUUUCUAUGGAGGUGCAGGUUACACCUAUAACAAAGGCAGCAUUUUUUCAUCUCCGCCAAACUAAGCAGUUGGUCCUUUACUUCUCUCGCUCGGACUUCUCCACUGUGAUCCAUGCGACAGUCACCUCCAGGCUUGAUUAUUGUAACUCGCUCUACGUGGGGCUGCCCUUGAAACUGACUCAGAAACUCCCGCAGGUGCAGAAUGCUGCGGCAAGACUCCUUACGGGGUCUUCACCGCGGGAUCACAUUCACCCAGUGCUAUACCAGCUGCACUGGCGCCCAGUGGAGUACAGGAUCAGGUUUAAGGUGCUGGUUUUAACCUUUAAAGCCCUAUACGGCAUAGGACCUUCGUACCUAUGGGACCGCCUCUCCUGGUACGUCCCUUACGGUCUGCAAAUAACAACACCCUGAAGAUUCCGGGCCCCAGGGAGAUUAGACUGGCCUUGACCAGAGCCAGGGCUAAUUUUUGGGCCGUAGCUCCGGCCUGGUGGAACGCUCUGUCACAAGAGACUAGGGCCCUGUGAGAUUUGACAUCCUUCCGCAGGGCCUACAAGAUGGCGCUGUUCCGCCAGGCCUUUGGUCAGGGUUCAGUCUGACUCAUUUUCUCUUUGUAUAAGAACAAGCACAAAGGAGGUUUCCCAGCCCACUCACAGGUCCUUAUAAUAUCAGUGGAAACAGUUGGUCCUGGUGAGAAUUAACCGCUUUCAAUUUUAACCUGAGGAUUGUCAUUUGUCUAGUUUUAACUUUAAUUUUAAUUUAUUUGAAUUAAUUUUGGGAUGCAUUUUAAUCAAUUGAUUGCUUGUUUUUAUGCAUAUUGUAUUAUUUAUAGGAUGUUAGCUGCUCUGAGCCCGGCUCCAGCCGUGGAGGGUGGGGUACAAAUAAUAAAAAAUAAUAAUUAUUAUUAUUAUUUUACAUUGUGCCCAACUAGAUAUAUUUUGGGCAUUCUUGUGUUUCUAGAUCUCUGUGAUUUUUAUUCUGAAGUAACUUGAAUAAACAAAAGUAAUACUCCGGAUAAGCCUUAUAGCAUAACAUAUUGGAUAAAAAAAUACUCUUGUAUUUGCAAUGUUGCUUUUUAAAAACUUUUCCUCCUCAGUUUUGAGAAGUAACAUAGUAGGAAAACAAGGUCCCCUAAAUGUCUGAGACUAUGACAUUGGAAAGAUGACUUGGAAGCCAAUAUAAAAUGAUAUAUGCAAGAUGAAUAGAAUACAUCAUUUGCUUUUAUUGUAAAAUAAUACCAAGGAGCUCUGGCAAAGGUAGAUGUUCAUACGCACAAGACUUUGCUUCUGUUCAAGUUGCCUGAAGAUUCUACUUUGCUUUUGGUAUCCAAGGAAAGUUACAACCACACAAUCACCCCUGCGUUGCACAAGGUUGCUAUAGCAAUCUUGGAGAAGCCAGAUUGUGACUCAUUAAGAAUGCUUGCAGGACUCCCUGCUUGUGAUGAGAGAAUGAAAUAUUAGUCAUUGCAUCUCUUCCAACCUCUGCUUCCAUUUUUGAACAGAAAUCAAAUCAAGGAUGCACCCACAAUGAAAAGAUUUAUGAAGAUUUAUUCAGCUUGUGAAUAUGCUCUAAGGAUGGGUGAAUCUGAAUUUUGAUUCCUCUCAGAUUCUCAUUUUUCUAAUCGUUAUUAUUAUUUACCAGCCCUUCACUCUAAAGCUCCAGGAUGGGUCACAACAUUUAGAAACACAAUAUUAAAACAGUUUGACAUAACUUGUAGUCACAGAAAUAAGGUGGGUCCUAAAAAUAUACGUGCACCUCAGCUGUCAAAAGCCAGGCUAAAGAGAUGCGUCUCCAGCAUUCACAGGAAAGUACAGUAAAGGUGCCAGAUGCACCUCUGUGGGGAGGGCACCCCACAACUUGGGGGCUGUUCAAGAAAAUGCCCUCUCUUAGACCACCAGCAACUGAGCUUCUGAGGGCAGAGGAACUACCAGGAGGCCCCUUCCUUCACUUCUCCACAUUUCUGCAUCAGUUGGUGCUUUGCUGUUGUUUUUUAACGUUAUGUUCACUAACAUAUGCAUUUCUGUGCACAAUUUACCCUCGUAUAUUCAUUUCUGUACGCAUUACUGGAGAACCGCAGAGCAAAAUUUGGAGAAAUGUGAAUUUCAAAGGACGUUUGUACAUAGUUCAUGUACUACAGGGAUAAGCAAUUUGAAACUCUGCAAAUAUUACUGAACUACAACUCCUGUUGUUAAAACUUGUAUACUGUUCUUCAACUGAAGAUCCCUGAACAGUUCACAACAGAAAAAUACAAAAUAGGAAUACAAAAUACAUAAUAAAACCAAAACAAACCAAUAUCCCUGCUCCCACAAACACAUUUAAAAAGCCAUAGAAUGUUAACUAGCCAAACUUCCGGUUGAAUAGAAACAUUUUCGCCUGGCACCUAAAGAUACGUAACGGAAGGCACCCAGCAGUCUCCUUUAGGAGAGCAUUCCACAAUGGGAGACACUGCAGAAAAGGUCCUUUUCCCAUGUUGCCACCCUCUGGACCUCUUCUGGAGGAUACACAUGGAGUAGGGCCUCAGAUGAUGAUCACAGGGUCUCGGCUGGUUCACAUGGGAAGAGGUAGUCCUUGGGGCGCAGUGGAACCUUGGGUUACGUACCAUCCUCCUGACGAACGCUUCGGGUGAGGAGCUCCCCUAAGUAGAUGCUCCUGGUUGCAAACUUUGCCGCGGGAUGCGAGGUGAAGUCGCGUGGCGGCAGCGGGAGGUCCCAUUAGCGAAAGCUCGCCUAAUGUUAAGAACGGUUUCCGGUUACAAACGGGCCUACGGAACGAAUUAAGUUUGUAACCGGAGGUACCAGUGUAUUGUGGUCCUAAUCUAUUUAUGUCUUUAUAGGCCCAUCAGCCCCAGCCAGCGUGGCCAAUGAUCAGGGAAGAUGGGGAUUGCAGUCCAGAAAAAGUGGAGGGCACCACAUUGUCUACUUCUGGUGUCUUGUUUCAGCAAAUGCAAAUAAUAAGUUUGGCCUUAAAUGUGAAUUGUAUAAAAUUUCUGUCCUAUCCCUAGUUAGAGAACAGUAUGGUCAGGAAAAUGACUUGUAAUUAAAUGUUAGAACAGAACAGUUAGAUUGAGGAGUAUGGAGAUGCAAUGUAAAACUUAAAGAAAUGAAGGAGGAACUGUGAAAUGAGAUUUAGUGGGCUUCUAAGAAAAACAGUUAAAACAAUUUCCUGUAUUAGGAAUAGGAAUUGAAACUGCUUACAGAAUAAAUUCCACAUUUGCAGUCUAUAAAUAAAACCAAACCUCUGCUGUGAUGUAUUUAUUAACUUUAUUAGUUUACGAGUUAAGAAAGCUAUUCAAAAUAAAAUAUGACCUAUUUG